AUGUACAUAGGGUCAUCUUCAAGUCAGGUUCCUCGCCGACUGUUGGCUGCCGAUGGCAUUUCAUCCGUCAAUCUUAAGCUGAAGGGUCUUAGCCGUGGCUUUUAUGCCAAGCACCAGCGUAUAGUAGCAGGACCGUGCGCGUCGGAAGAGUCUCUGCACGAUGGCCUCCCCUCCUCGCAACCCCAGACGAUGCAGUUUGUGCUCGGAAUGUCAGAUGUUCUCUUCGUCUCGGUCGCCACGUUCUCUGGAAAGGAGUACCUGUUCUCUGUGGAGCGGGCUGCGAACCAUCGUGUUCGUGACAUCAAGAAGCGGAUAUGCGAGCGCGAGCUUCCUUCGAGUUCGGAAGACGUGGAGCUUGUCCUUGCCGGCACGCCUCUGGAAGACCACCGUCUCAUCAACGACUUGGACAAGCAUCGGGAUUUCGGAGCCGUUGGGUCCUGCCAUUUGCAUCUUCUCGUGCGGAAGAAUGCUCGUGUUCAUGCGAAGUCCGGUCCGGGCCGGACAAUGGAGCUUUCUGUCAACGCUACAGAGAUUGCCUCGUUGCCGUCAAUACAGGAGGUUGGCGACGAAGAAUGCCCUGCAGCUGUUCCUCUGGCCCUUCCCUGCUCGAGAACCACAUCCAGUGAAACAAUCCAGCCGACAAUGCUUGGAAAUCAUCCUUCUCUGAAAGGGGAAGGCUUCCGGGCGAUGAUGAGGGAUGUGGGAACCGGCCUUCUCGAAGGCCACGUUCCGCACCUGACUUCUGACGGCUCGGGUGGUACUUACCUCAUGUCCGACGCUUCGGGGGCGUCGACAGUAGCUGUAUUUAAGCCCAUGGACGAGGAGCCUCUCGCUGUAAAUUGCCCCCGCGGGAUGGCUCCGAGCCUCGAUGGGGAAGGGUUGAAACGUGGCACUCGAGUGGGAGAAGGUGCUUUCCGUGAAGUCGCAGCUUACCUUCUGGAUCAUCCACUGAACGAAGGAGACAGCGAGGGCUACGCAAGCGUUCCUCCGACCACGCUUGUCGGCUGCUCCGCCAGCUUUUUCCCUCGCUCUGAUUCUCCGCGGAGUCCUCUGGAUGACUUGGAAGGGAAGAAGGUCGGCUCGCUUCAGAAGUUCGUCCAAUCGUUCAGCAACUGCGAAGACAUGGGACCGUCGCGCUUUCCUGCGUCGGAGGUUCACAAGAUCGCGGUUCUGGACAUGAGGCUUGCCAACACGGACCGGAAUGGUGCCAACAUUCUUGUACAGAGGGUCGACGGUCCGAGUGGGGUCAAGCUUAUUCCAAUCGAUCAUGGUUAUUGCAUUCCUGAUAAGUUCGAGGAUUGCACGUUUGAGUGGCUGUACUGGCCCCAAUCCAAGGUUCCCUUUGCUGAGGAGACUCUGGAGUACAUAUCUAAACUCAAUGCCAACAAGGAUAUUCAGAUUCUCAAGGAGAGCGGCUGGUCUCUCAACCCAGCAUGCAUCAAGGUGCUUCAAGCUGCUACCAUGCUUCUCAAGAAGGGUGCAUCGGUAGGCAAGACUCCGUUCGAGAUCGGAUCCAUGAUGGUUAGAGAUGACCUGGAUGUUCCUUCUCUGAUCGAAUCCCUGGUGGAGGAAGCCGAGUCACAGGCUCAGAGGAAUCAUUCCGAAACCGGCAAAGAUACUGCUCCUGGACCGCCUCUCACGUUUCCGCCGUGUCUCGUGUGUGCAGCAUCACUAUCCUCCCCAUCCCUCGCCAACAGCGCCGAUUACGCCAACCAAGGCUCCGUGCCCCCCAACGACACGUGGAAGGAAUCCAAGCCGUUGCUGCCGCUCUCGGAGCAAGCGCGCAACGCCACCGUCCGAUCCGGCGUCACCUCCUUCUUCCGCGUCCCCAGCACGUGUGGCGCCGCAAGCGGCGCCGCAGGAGGCGGAGAAGGGCGAGGAGCAGGGGCAGCGGCGGGGUGGAACACAGGGGUGGGCGGAAGCGGCGGGGACGCGCGGUGGUAUGUGAAUGUGGAGAUAUGGGGGCUCUUUGCGCCGGGCAACGACACGUCCGUGUUUUACCUGCCCAUGCUCAUGCUCAACAGCGCUGGCGAAGUGCCCACCGUGCUGGUUACCAACACGCUGGAGUAUCGCCUGGAUAAUCAUACGAGCAUAGACUACCCCAAUUUUAGGUCGGGGCAGCCGUACCAGAUAGUGAGCGUGCCGCAGGACGACCUCGUUAAGAAUGGCUCCGUUAACGCGACGGAGCUGAUAGUGGGCAUAUUCAGCGACUCGUACAUUGCGGAGGGGCAAGACCUCGGCUUCUCCAUCCGUGCCUUCUGCUCCCAGGGCAGGGGGUGUCCGCUCAACUGCAGUGGGCGGGGCGUGUGCGGGGGAGGGGGAGUGUGCCAGUGCCCCAAGGGGUGGGGCGGCACUGCUUGCGCCGAUGGUGAGACGCUGGGAAUGGGGGCGGGAUUGCGGAGGAUGCAGGUGAGGAUGGGCGUGAAGGUGUGCGGGGAGGGAGGGGCAAUUGCAUUCUACGUGGUGAAUGACAUCCAGCCGGGUCUGCAAACCCUUGCUCCCGGGCAAUGGGCCUUCUUCCAGAUUGAGGUGACCCAGCCGAGCACCAAGCUCCUAAUCCAAAUGGAGAGGGCAGCAGGGGAUCUUGUCCUAUUCGCCAAGCGCCAGGAGCAGGGCUUUCUGCCCUUCGGCAUGCCCACCGUCUUUGACUUCAAUGGCUUUGCCGACAUGGACUCCUUCCGCCAGCGCCUCGACCGCCACCAAAUCGUCUGGAACCGCACUGAACCGGGGAUCGUGCUGGUGGCCGUACUGAACAACGACGUGGAUUUGAGGGAGACGGGCAGGUUUCGGCUGGAGUAUCGGCUAGCAGUGGGGAGGGAGGGCAGGGCGCUGUGCCCGUGGGACUGCGGGGAGGUGAGUGGCGGGGGCUGUGCUGUGCUGGUGGCCGUGCUGAAUAACGAUGUGGAUUUGAGGGAGACGGGCGGGUUCUGCCUCGAGUAUCGGCUGGCUGUGGGGCGCGAGGGCAGGGCGCUGUGCCCGUGGGACUGUGGGUGGCCUGCGGGGUUCUGCCAGGCGCUGGCGGUGGAUGGAGGGGGAGGUGGGGGAGGGGGAGGGGGAGAUGGGGGCGCAGAGACGCAGUGCGUUUGCAACCCGCACUCUGCAGGGAGCUUUUGCCAGGGAGGGCUGCAGGCAGCACAGCUGGGCAAGGCAGUGAAGGGCGUGCUGCCUCUGCGCCAUCUGUUUCACACGCUGCUGUCCCCUCCCCUCUCCUCCUCUGCCCCCAUUUCUAUCUCACCGCAUCACAGGGCUGCACACGGCACAGCUGGGCAAGGCGGCCUGCAGACAGCAGAGCUGGGCAAGGCAGUGAAGGGCGUGCUGCCUCCGGGGCGAUGGACGUACGUGCAGUUCACCUUCGACCCCACCACCAACAAGCAGAUCGUCAUCAGUUUCACCCGCAAGGGAGGCCAAGCCAGUCUCGUAGCAAGGCAGGCAGCCGUGCCCUCUCUAUUAGACAAUGACUACCGGUUCACGGUGCGCGUGACCAACGACACGCUGGUGUCUCUGUUUGACGUGGUCAACUCGUCGCUGGAGGGGCCCUACACCUUCGGCAUCUUUAACCUCAACUACUACGUGCACCAGCAGUGCGAGUUUGAACUCGAAUUCAAGUACAAAGACUCCCCCAGCUUCUUCGACUCGCCCUACAUAAUCGUAAUCUACGCGGUCCUCGCCUUCCUGCUGCUCGUGCUCAUCGUCAUCGUGCUGCGCUGCGUCAUCCGCCGCCCGCCCCCCGCCGCUGCUGACGUGGAGCUCUCCGCUCUCGGUGACAUGGACAGGCACGUGGAGGCGGUGCCAACAGGCGUGGACAGGGCGCUGGUGGAGUCGUUCCCGUUGGUGAAGUUCCGAGACGACCUCUUUGAAUCCUCCGAUGACGCACACUGUGCGGUGUGCCUGGCGGACUACGACGAGCAGGAGAGCUUGAGGAAGCUGCCGGCAUGCAGCCACUACUUCCACGUGUCGUGCAUCGGGGAGUGGCUGCGCACGCGCUGCUCCUGCCCCCUCUGCCGCCGCUACGUGCUGCUGCAGCCGCCACAGCCCCAGCAGCCAGAACAGCCACAGCAGGCAGCGCAGCCCUCGGCCUUGCAAGCAGAGCAGGCAGGGCCACUGACGCAGCCCACACAGGCGGAGCAGAACAGCCGGAGGUGUGCGGAGGAGGGUCAGUCGGAGCAGCUGCUGCCAACGCAGUUGGGGCAGAGCAACGAGAGGUCUGAGGAGGAGGAGUCGGAGCAUGGAGAGGAGCAAGUGGCAGAGCAAGGGCAAAAUGCACAUUCACAUGGGCUUAUAGAGGGCAGUGAGAUUAUACAGGGUGCUGGGGAGGAUUGUGCUGUGCAGCGAAAUGGGUGUGGGGGAGUUGUAUCUGCCAAGGAGCAACAAGGGGAGGCUCAGGUGGAUUUGAAACAGCGGCUACAGGAGAACCAUCAGCAACGGCAUGAGGAGCAGGUGGAUGGUGAAAGGGAUGGGCAGUGGCAUGAAGAGGAGAGACUGAUGAAGCGGGAGGGGGAGGAGGGGAUGAUGCAGGAGGCAUGUGAAGGGGAGAAUGAUGUGAUUUAUAACCCAGAGCCAGCUCUAGAAGGCUUGUUGGAAAGAGAUGGAAGGCAGCAUGGGGAGCGUCAUGGAGAAGUUAAUGCAGAUCGGGCUGAACAUGCGUGCAUUAGCAGGAUGCCAUAA